AUGCCUCAGGGCACGCACAACUUCACGGCCAUGGCCAACGACAACGAUGAUCUGAGCCAGUUGAUUGCCAAAGGGUUCGCUAAUAUCCUGCCACACACUGCGAAUUGGAAAGGAACUGAGAAAUUUCUGCUGAGCGUGGUACAGGUUCUGCUAGAAUAUAUUCGUGAGGAAAAUGAUCGCGACAAUAAAAUCCUCGAAUUUCAUCAUCCUGCCGAAAUGCUGCAACUCAUCGAUCUUGACAUACCCGACCAACCAGAGAAUUUGGAAUGCCUCGUGAAGAGCUGCGAGGAAGUGUUGAGACUUGGCGUUCGUACGGGACAUCCUCGAUUCUUUAAUCAG